AUGAGAUCUUUUUUGGAGUUUGUGUCAUGCUGUGUUACAACUCCCGAAGUGGCAACAGACGAAGAGGUGGUUACGGCGGUGACACCUCCAAGGAGGGAGGUGACAAGGCCUUUGAUGCCUCCAAAAGUGGCAGCACUAAGUAAGAAGAAGAUGAAAGUAAGGGUUGGUACACCAGGGUCUAUGACUCCAGAGUGGAAGCCCUCGUUGUUUGUGAUCUCAGAGGAUAACUUUAUUGUGGAGAAGAGGGAGAAAACACCUGCGGAUAGGGUGGUGAAGAGGAAGAGCACCGCAGGGUCACGCUCCAAAGUUCAUGUUCGAAGCUGUAGCGACGAUAUGGGGCGAAAUCCAUUGCCGGUUGUCAUUCCAGCGUUUUCUCCUACUCCUUUCAUAUUUUGA